CUCUGGACGGACCAGGAGAGACAGAUGUACCUUUCUCCCACAGAUCAUGAAGGAUUACAAAGAAAGGAUUACAAAGAAAUGGAUGUUGGUGAUUAAGACGUACAAUAAGAAGGGAGUUCUCAGAAAAUCUGACUAAACCUCUCUAAGAAAGAGACCAGGUGAGAGAUGGGCAAAAUCAAAGAGAAGAACAAGGUCGUUCUCGAUUGACUGCGCAUACAUCUGGGAUGAAGAGCGUACAUCUGGGAUGAAGAUUCGUGAUCAUCAGCCUCGUCUCCAUUGACUUUGAGGACGUAUUGGCCACAUUUGUUGGUUGCAGACAAAGGGAACAUGUUUAACACCUUCUGAGCCGUUUCUGCAUUUGACCCAAGACAUUUUUAUAUGGAAACCUAAGGCACUGGCAAGUGUGUUUUCGCAUGCUCACAUCGGUCUAAUUUCCUUUAAACCCUCUGCUCGUCAUCUCCAUUGACCUUUAAUUCUGCCUUUGCAUCUUCAAUUUCUAUUUGUUCCCGCUCAUAAACUCCUCCUCUCUGACUUUUGACAUUUUGACAUCGGUCUGCCUCUUCAAUCAUUUCUUCUAGAUUUAGUAAUCUGGCUUUUCCGUAUACUACUGACCACAUUUAUGUCGCUUUUCCCUCGCCUCAUCUAAUUCUUUUCAUAUGUAGAUGGAUACGCAAACAUAGCUUGUUUCUUAGUAUCUGAAUGUUGUCUUUUCUUUGUUAACUGCAGUAUCUGAUCCUGUCUGUAUCAGUCCACCAUGUUGGAGCAUUUGUCCCGCAGGAAUCGGUCUUUGCUGUCUCUCUCGCUGACCUCUCUGGCCCUAGCGCUCUCUGUUUUGGCCUUCUGUACCUCAUACUGGUGCGAGGGGACACAUAAAGUGGUCAAACCUCUCUGUCUGUCGCCUGUCAAAAUGAAGAACUGCGGGCAGAACAACAGCCAGCCUUAUACUACUGAGGUCCCAACAGCAGACCCCAAGAAACCAGACUCCAAUGUGACGAUGUCCCCCAAGCAGAAGGAAGAGCUGGCCCGUAUGAGAGCCAAAAAUCUGGCAAAUGCAGUUCACUACAUCUGGGAGACGGGUGAAGACAAAUACAUGCAGCGCUACUUUCACACUGGCUUCUGGUUGUCCUGUGAGAAACACAGUGACGGGGCCGGUGAGAAAUGUCGGAGCUUCAUUGAACUGACACCUGGAGAAACGCAAGGAGUUCUGUGGCUCUCGGUGAUCUCAGAAUUUGCAUACAUCAGCCUUCUGGCGAUGGGGUUUCUUCUGAUGUGGGUGGAACUGCUGCUCUUGUGUCUGAAUAAGGACAUGUAUGCGCUCAAGAUCAAUGCUUUCGCUGCCAUGUGUACCGUGCUGUCUGGUAUGAUGGGAAUGGUGGCACAUAUGAUGUAUACAACAGUAUUUCAGAUGACUGUCAGCAUUGGGCCCAAAGACUGGAGACCUCAGACGUGGGAUUACGGCUGGUCAUUUGCCAUGGCGUGGAUCUCCUUCAGCUGUUGCAUGGCAGCAGCUGUAUUCACCUUGAACUCUUACACCAAAACUCUGAUUGAGAUGAAGCACCGAGCUCGGAUCCGUCUGGAGGAGGCCCGUGCUGCCAACCACGCGCCUCCCUAUGAUGAGGUCAUCACCACCGGCGGUGGGAGCCUCUACUCCGUCAGCCGACUGGUUCAGCAAUGCCAGAAGGGUGCGUUCAUCGACACCACGUGGAGCCCCAGGGACGAGGUGUCCGGUGGGGGUAUGGUGGGGGCUAAGAGUCCUCAUGGACUGGUACUGGUGGGGGGGUGCGGGAGAGAGGGAUGCGAGGACUGUGACAGAGAAAUGGAUGAGGUGGAGGAUGCGUUAGAGAGGGAAGGGAACGAUGAGAUGUGCUGAGGAGAACACCUUCAGGAAGUCCUUCAUCGUCAGCAGUAUCAGUGACCAGGCGUAUCAUUUUCUACUUUAGAUUCAUGUUUUGCUUAGGCCUUUAAAAAUGAAGUUUACAUGCUCCGCGGGUGUUGAAAUAUCCCUGUAUUCAUGUAAUCAGCAUACUAGACCUGAGUCAUUUUGGACUGUAAUUUUAUUAUUCAAUGUCAAACAUGUCCUACAUGCAAGAGUGGGAACCUUUGUGUGAAUUUGAAACGUAGGUCUCCAUGUUUCUUUUACUGCUUGUACGAUAACAGUAAAAAAAAAAAAAUGUUUGCUUCAAAUA